AUGGCAUCUUUCUCCUCGACGCCCUACCAUGCCGAUUCAGAUGCGGAUGACGAAUUUGAGAGAAGCGUCGUGGCCUCUCCGAUACGAGCGCACACAGACUCGGAAACAUCGUCUGAACCAUCUUCGAACGAGCAUACACCCACUACUUUCGGCACGCCCUUUGACGACGGUAUACGACCCAGGACGAUAAUAUCGGCAUGGACGACCGAAGAGUGCGCGCAGUUCGUGGCUAGUCUAGGGUUGAAGCAAUACAGCGAGCAAUUCAUAGAACAUGGAAUUGUGGGUGAAGCAUUAAUUGCCCUCAACCACGAAGAGUUGAAGGAGAUGGGUGUUUCGAGCGCAGGCUAUCGGCUGAAGAUAUUGAAAGAGGUUUACAACAUUAAAGUUGAACAGGAUGUGCCAAUUGAGGCGGAUGAUUACGUGCCGCCUUCUGUAGCCACUGCCAUCGAGCAGGACAAAGCCACCAAAGACGACAUCCUAAAACUUACCAACGCAAUACUGAGAUUGCGCGACGAAAAGAUUGCCCAACUGGAGAGUCAACUGGCAAAACUAGCAGACGAUUCGAGGAGGUUGAGGACAGAAAUGUUGCCCUUAGUCAGAAUGGCAAAAGAACGAGAACCUCUACCAUACAGGCCGCAUGAUGUUGCGAUGGGCAGUCCAGAGUACUUGCAAGAUGCGGUCAUGUCACCCACACUACCUGCUCCUGCGCCGGAGCCAGAAAAGAAGACCAGCUUAACAAGAUCUUUCAGCAAGAAACUAGGUCUAAGCAGUGGCUCAGCCAAAAAUCACAGUCCGACAAACUUUCCCGGCACGAUACCUGAAGGGAAAGCUACGCAUGAUACUAUGGGUGGCUUGCAACCAUCUGCAGCGGCUUCCGCGGCAAGCAAUCAACUGACUGCUGGCAUGCAAGGUGGCGCAGUCCACAGUCACUACAGUCCUAAUCCGAAUUCACCUACUUCACCUAUGCCAGGGGUGCAGCACCAGCCUUUGGCACCUCGGGCCUUCCACCGUGAACCUGCUUCAGGCUACACAGAAGAAAACUAUACCUAUCGCGGUAAUCCAAUACCUACGCCACCAUUGACAGGCAUUGUACCUGAUCCUAUCUCGAAUCGUUCGGCUACCACGAUCGGCAACAAGCCAUCCACAAUCUCCAACGCCUCAACACUAAUUCCUUCACGUGAGAUGUCGGCCUCGGUACCACCAGCAUCCAGUGCAGGCCAUGGACACCCUAAGUCCAAAGAAUCGAAAGAGGGUGCAGAUGCCGACGAUCCAUCUGUCCAAAUCUUCAAGUCCUUCCGUGUAGCUCUGGACGACCCCUGUUGGAAAGUCCUGCCUGCAGCUCUCCGAAAAUACAACAUCCAGGCUGACUGGCGGCAAUAUGCACUAUACAUCGUAUACGGCGACCAAGAACGAUGCGUAGGUCUGGAAGAGAAGCCAUUAGCGCUAUUCAAAGACCUGGAUCGAGAAGGCAAGAAGCCGAUGUUCAUGCUUAGAAAACUGGCAAACGGUAUUGUCGGCGACAUUCCUGGGAGCAGUACCGGUGCGAUCUCAGCAAUAAGACCUGGCACCGCCGGCACAGGCAUACAGAGUUCUGCUGCCAGUGUGAGGACUAUGGGUCAGGAGCCUAGGAUGCUACCUGGUGGAAUCAUAUAG